CCUGAUUCAAGUCCCACUGGGUGCGCUUGUUUUCGAAAGAUAGGCAGUUGAUUACUCUGGCCUGGAUUAUUAGGCCUGAAUGGAGUAACGUUAUAUGACUUCGGGUUUAGUUUUAACAGCAGCGAAUAUGUAAGACUGCUAAAUCACAGUGACUUGAUUUCUUCUUCCUUCUUACAAGAAGGAACUAACGUGAUGUAUGUGACCACCUUCCUGCGUUAUAUUAGGCUUGGUGGUAGAUGUGUUUCUGCUCGUAUGGUUCAGAGGAGGAAUCUCUCAGGAGCGGAUGCCAUUAAUGCCCUGCGGCCCUUUUACUUUGCAGUGCACCCUGAUUUCUUUGGCCAGCAUCCAAGAGAGAGAGAAGUAAAUGAAAACUCCCUCAAAAGGCUAAAUGGUUAUCUGGAAAAUCUUCAGAAGCCUGGGGCAAGAUCCCCCAAACCUGCAAACCUCACUUUUUAUGUCAGGGACACAAAAGAAAAAGCAGACUCCAGUGGUAGACUGCUAGCCUCAGGAUUCCGUUCGGUGACCUUCACCCUGCAGUCUAAGGAUGUUCUGAGCACAGUGUUGGAUGUUCUGAGGUCCUGUAGCCUCUCGGUUGAACAUAUUCAAGAUGUGCUCAAGGCUGAGACCGAGAAGAGCUCGACACAACAGCCUGGAACAGCUUUCUAUCGGCCCAUCAAAUGGGACAAGACUUAUUACACUUUCACAGGAUUCAGGGACCCAGAGCAGGAGUUAGAACAAGCCAGAAGAGUCGAGCCCACACUCAGUUUAUGGCUGAGAAAAAAUGAGUCGGAGGCCACAAAGAAACAGAAUGCCAGUCUUCCACGGCGUGAGGAGCUGAAAAGACUGAAAAGAGAGUUGAUUCAGAAACUUGGUUUGUUGGAUAUCAGGUGGCAGCGCAAAUGGGGAGUUGCACACAAAUGCUGUCAGCUGCAGAGUCUGGGUCGUCUCUCCACACAAAGCCCUGAGGCUCUGCACAUCCUGAGAGGUCACGUAAUAGUUUUUACUGACCAGUCAGGGAUGAAUGCCUCAGGGCAUGUUAUGUUAGGAACAAUGGAUGUCCACCAUCAAUGGACAGAGCUCUUUGAAAGAUUGCCGAGUUACAGAAGCCUGUUCCAGCAGUCGGACUGGCUGAAGGAGCGCAUCAGUCACCUUUUGGGAGGGAUUCAGGUGAUCCACAUCGAGCGGAUGGGUCCAGCUCUGCCUCUGGAGGAACAUUACAGUACCCUCAACACUUUCCACAAGAGACUGUUACCUCAGCGCCUCUCCCUGCACCCCCGCAGCAUGCAAGGCCUCACAAUGAGCUUGGAAAAUGACCGCUCCACCCCCUGCCUGCAUGAGAUGGGCCACUUCAUCAUCCCCACUGUGUGUGACACCCUCCAGCUGCAGAACUUCCUCCAGAGCCAGGCCCAGGAGGCCCGGAAACGCAUGCGGCGCAAAGACAAGUUGGAGGCAGAGGAAGAAGACAUAAUUUUGUGUUGUCUGCAGGAUUUGUCUCUGCACAGUCUGUCUAAAGAGCCCAGUGUGUCGAGCAGUCAGAUGAUCCCCUGCUGUAGGCGUCUGAUGGAGGAGAGAUCCCCGCAGAUGCAGGGCCUUCAUCUCUACAUCUCUCACUUCUAUUCGGUCAUGCAGGAUGGGGAUCUGUGUAUUCCCUGGGACUGGAAGGGCUGAAACACUCUGAACUCUAUUUGGACUUUAUUACUAUGCCUCUCAGGCUCAGGUGUAGUCUGAAUUUUUUGAAGGUUUUGGCGUAGUGUAUAGGCAUAAUCAUAAAUGCACUUUGGUACUAAAAUACUAAAAGAUAUUGUUGUGCUUCUGAGGCAGUGGGCCCCAGUCAUGUGAUGUUAUAACUUGGCAUAGAAUGUUUGAUGUAUAUUUGCACUGCCAAACCAUACACAUUAUUCAUGUUACAAUCUACUAUAAAAAUAUA